UGCUAGGCUUGACACGCACUCAAUCAAUUAGGAACAGAAAAUAUCCACAUGACAUCAUGUCCGUCUUAACUCCGUUAUUCCGCCAGCAGCAUCGUCUGAAAGCCCCACCGUGGGGUACCGUAGCUCGACUACCGUAGCUCGGCCUAGCUCCAGCUCCGGCUGCGAUGCCUUCACGGUAUUUGACAACCACCGACGCCGCCCCGUGAUCUGCUACAUAACACAGCACUCCCCGUUCACUACACACACCACGCUCCCCACCAUGGCCUCCCACCCUCCAGACACCUGCUGCGCCGUCGGCGUCAAGCACGAAGGCACCCCCAAGGGCUCCGUUCAGACCAUCGGCGACAUCCGCGCCUACGUCUCCCCGACCCCCGACGGCAGCACCGACAAUGCCAUCCUCCUGAUGACCGACGUCCUCGGCUUCGCCUUCCCAAACGUCCGCCUCAUCGCAGACCAGUUCGCCGCAAACGGCUACCACACCGUCAUCCCCGACGUCUUCCACGGCAACGAGAUCCCCUUCCCUAUGCCCGCAGACUUCGACUUCCCGACGUGGAAGGAAACCAAGAUGCCGCGCGAAGCAGACGUGGACCCCAUCUACACCGCCACAAUCAAGUACCUGCGCGGCAAGCUGGGCGUGAAAAGGCUCGGCGGCGUCGGGUACUGCUUCGGCGGCAAGUACGUGUGUCGGUUCCUGCAGCCGGGGAAGCUGGAUGCGGGGUACACGGCGCAUCCGAGUUUCGUGUCCGAGGAGGAGCUGAGGGGGAUUACGGGGCCGCUGAGUAUCGCUGCUGCGGAAACGGAUCAGAUUUUCCCCGCGGAGAAGAGGCGCGAGUCGGAGGAUAUCCUCAAGGACGUGGGCGUGCCGUACCACAUGGCGCUGUACUCGGGCGUCGAGCAUGGGUUUGCGGUCAAGGGCGAUUUGGCGGGCCAGCGGCAGCGGUUCGCAAAGGAGAUGGCGUUUCUGCAGGCCGUGUUUUGGUUCGACGAGUAUGUCAAGCGCGGGGCGGAGUAGAUCACAUACAUGCACCAUGGCCGCGAGUGUGAAGAAUUCGUUAUUACCUACGUCUGCCCGUAUACGUCCCUGCUAUCAGUACUUCGCCUUGAACGGCAGCGUCUGCAGCUGCGCGACCACGUCCGCCUCGAUCCCAAACAGCUUGUACAGCCACUUGAUGCACACGAAGAAGCUCGCCGGCUCGCCCAUGUGCUUCGUGCCCGCGACAAACCGCGCCUCCUUGGGCGCCCCGUGCUG